UAUAUAACUUAUUCCUAAUUUUCAAAGAGUUCCUUCAAAAUUCUCACAUUACAAUCCAUCUCUACACACAACUAUAUUUUUAAGAACACCACCACACAAACAGAGCCAAAAUGGAGAAACAAAAACAGAGCACCGAAGAAACCAGGGAGGAAUUUCGAUUGCUUUCCUUCAAGGAAUUGCCCGAUUAUAUGAAAGAUAAUGAGUUCAUUCUUCAUUAUUAUAGAGCAGAGUGGCCUUUAAAGCGAGCUCUUCUUAGCGUAUUUCAAUGGCACAACGAAACCCUAAAUGUUUGGACGCAUUUGAUUGGAUUUGUUUUGUUCUUGGGAUUGUGUUUGGUGAAUUUGAUGGAAGGAAUUCCUCAGGUGGCGGAUCUCUUUGGCUUUUUUUCCAGGUCCAUGCUCACAUCUCUCUAUACAAACAUUUCCUCCUAUGCUUCCAAAGAUCUCAUUGGAAGCACAACGCCAGAGCUAAUGGAAUUAGCCGGAAGCAUCCUCCCAUACGACGGCUCCCCCACUUCCUCUGGCCACAUAAAUUCAAUAACGAACAAAUCGAGCACAGAACGGUGGCCGUUCUUCGUGUUCCUAAGCGGCUCAAUGUUCUGUCUUCUCUCAAGCAGCAUUUGCCAUCUCUUUUGUUGUCAUUCUCAUCCUCUAAAUAUCUUAUUACUCCGAAUCGAUUACGUCGGAAUCACCGUCAUGAUCAUCACCUCCUUCUUCCCUCCCAUUUACUACAUCUUUCAAUGUGAUCCCCUCUGGCAAAUCGUCUAUCUUGCCGGUAUCACCCUCAUGGGCAUUUUCACAGUCGUCACUCUCCUCUCUCCCUCUCUCUCCACCGGAAAAUUCCGGUCAUUCAGAGCUCUCCUCUUCGUCUCGAUGGGCCUCUUCGGCAUCGUUCCAGCAAUCCACUCGGCGGUGGUUAAUUGGGGAAAUCCUCGGCGGAAUAUAACUCUGGCUUAUGAGGGGGCGAUGGCUGUGUUCUAUCUAACAGGAACCGGGUUUUAUGUGAGCCGGGUACCGGAAAGGUGGUUGCCGGGGCGGUUCGAUCUGGCCGGACACAGCCAUCAAUUGUUUCAUGUAUUGGUGGUUUUUGGUGCUUUGGCUCAUUAUGGUGCCACCCUUGUUUUGUUGGAGUGGCGUCAGAAUUUUGGGUGUCAAAAUUUCAAUUAGUUCCCAUUUGUUUAGUUUAUUUUUAAUUUGGGAAUUAAGUGCUUCCAUUUAAAAAUACACACACAUAUAUAUAUAUAUUUAUUUAUUAUCUAUUUUCUUUGAUUUUCUCACCAAAAUGGGGGAUGCUUCGAAAUUAGAGGUGCUUAUUGUAUAAAAGAAAAUGAUCUCACUUGGAUUGUAAUGAAAAAUAUUGGGAGUUUGCUUCAAGAA